GGCGAGGAGCACAUGGCCAAGCUGAGCGUCAACGCGCUCAUCGGCUUCUGGGCGCGCAACCAGGACCUGGUCUUCUCCAUGCGCACCAGCAACCAUGAGCUGGACGUCCAGGGCUGCCAGUGGCGCCAGACCUUCACGGACGCCCCUAGCAAGGUGCACUGGGACCACAGCAACUUCACGCUGCGGCCCCUCCACGACUACGUCAUGGCUGCGGAGCACGUGGCCGUCGCCAGGAUCCGCGACCACCUCAGCAAAAGUGCCACCGCGCUACGCCGAGCUGACGGGCCGGAAUCGCACGCCGACGGCACUCCCGUCUACCGCUUUGAGGAGUACAAGCGGCUC